UGGAGAGGAGAGACGUAAGUUACCGAAAUCGUAUCUGGUUAAACGCGGGGACCUAACGGUGAAGAAAAAGUGAAAACACGUACGAAAACGUUGCGUUUUAGGCGCCAAGCUUUCAGCUUCAGCAGCGAAAACCCUAAACCCUCUCUGUCUCUAACUCUUUGGUUUCUCUCUCCUCUGUUCCCCUGUUCCUGCAUCCACGCCGAGUAAAACAGUCUUAUCCAAUGAUGGCUUCCAAUACGCAAAACAAUGUGGAGCAGCAACAACCGGCACAGUCACAGAGGAUACAAAUAUACCCUACCACUAACCCUGGAGUUUCUCCCUUUUGGAGAGACAAGUAUGAAAGAGACGCUAAGAAGUAUUGGGAUCAAUUCUACAGGCGGCAUCAAGAUAGAUUUUUCAAAGAUCGGCACUACUUGGACAAGGAGUGGGAUCAGUAUUUCUCUGGAAGUGGAAGAAAAGUUAUUCUGGAGGUUGGCUGUGGAGCUGGAAAUGCUGUAUUCCCUUUGAUUGCCACUUACCCAGAUGUUUUUGUUCAUGCAUGUGACUUUUCACCCCGUGCAGUUAAUUUGGUUAAGGCACAUAAAGAGUUCACUGAGACUCGUGUCAGUGCUUUUGUCUGUGACCUGACGACUGAUGACCUUAGCAAACAGAUUUCUCCAGCCUCUGUUGAUGUUGUAACCAUGAUUUUUGUGUUAUCUGCAGUAUCCCCAGAGAAGAUGCCUUCAGUCUUGCAGAACAUCAAAAAAGUUCUCAAGCCAAAUGGUUAUGUGCUGUUUCGAGACUAUGCUGUUGGAGACCUUGCUCAGGAAAGGUUCUCUGGCAAGGAUCAAAAAAUCAGUGAAAACUUCUAUGUCAGGGGUGAUGGCACUCGUGCUUUCUAUUUUUCUAAUGAGUUCUUGACAAGCUUGUUUAAAGAACAAGGACUUGAUGCUGAAGAACUUGGUUUGUGUUGCAAACAAGUUGAGAAUCGAGCACGUGAAUUGGUGAUGAAUCGGCGUUGGGUCCAAGCUGUAUUUCGCUAUUCAGAUUGUGUAAACUCUUUCCCUAGUUCAGAGGCUCCUACUAAGGCUGUUGUGGAGCCUGUUGAAGAUGUGGUUGACAUGUCUGAAGGUAUGGCAGUCGAAAUGUUUGGAGUUCCAACUACUAAUGAUAAUGAGGUUAUUAACAUUGAGCUUGACUGCCGCAAUUUCAAGAUCAAAGUACUAUCCAAAGAGUACCAACACACGUGCAAAUCAACUGGCUUGAUGUUGUGGGAAUCAGCUCGUUUGAUGGCUGCUAUCCUUGCAAGAAAUCCAAAUAUUGUCGCAGGGAAAAGGGUUUUGGAAUUGGGGUGCGGCUGUGGAGGCAUCUGCUCAAUGGUUGCCGUCAGAUCUGCAAACACUGUGGUUGCCACUGACGGAGAUAGAAAAGCACUUGAGUUAUUGACCCAAAAUAUCACAUCAAACCUUAGACCACCAUUUUUAACUAAACUUAUUACGAAGAGACUAGAAUGGGGAAAUAGGGAUGAUAUCGAAGCCAUUAAAGCCUUGAAUCCUGAAGGCUUUGAUUUAAUCAUAGGAACAGAUGUUACUUACAUUCCUGAAGCUAUUUUACCUUUGUUUUCAACUGCAAGAGAUUUGAUGUCAUCUAACAGAAGUGCUGGCAGGGACGAAGCGCCGGCACUAAUUCUCUGUCAUAUCUUUCGGCGAGUUGACGAGCCGUCUCUACUUUCAGCUGCAUCUCAAUUUGGUUUUAGGCUCGUAGACAAGUGGGCAAAAGCAAGUGCAGCCGAUCAGUCUCAAAGCUUAAUCAGCUCUUGGUUUCCAGAGGACAGGUUCAAGGGGCAUAUCCCUACUUCGGCACUAAAUAUCAUGUAUUUCCAAAUAGAUUGAAAGGCAUCUUAAUGCUUUCACGUUAAUGAUAGUUUGCCAUAAUUUUGCUUUUUUUUUAAAAAAAAUACUGCCUAUGUUUAAUCGGAAGUGAAUUCAUUUUUGUAGCUUGGUGUUCUUCGUAGUUGUACCAUUUUCUCUUCCUGUA